AUGGAUAAAUUAAAAGAAGUAUGUUUAAAAUUUAUAUUGAUCUAACUCAAUUGGUGGCAAAGAUUGAGUCAGUGAUUCGAAAUUCUAGUUGUUUUUAACUCAUUAGUCCACUUUUUUGUUGACUUAUUUUGAUUUGACAGCUACCCGAUUUAAUCCUUAUUGGAUAAUAUAUACUAAUAGUUAUUUAGAAAAUUAAUAAUUUAAAAUUAGAUGCUGAAAAAUGGCAAGAAAAAUCAGAUGAAUUAUCUGAUAGAAUUAAGGAAUUAGAACAAGAAAAUUUAGAAAAAGAUAAUCAAAUUCAAUCAUUAACUAGAAAAAAUACAGUAUUAGAAGAAGAAGUUGAAAAAUUAGAAACAUCAUUAAAUGAAAUUAAACAAACAGCAGAUGAAUCACAUUCUUUAAAAACUUCAAAUGAAAAUUAUACUAAAAAAAAUCAAGUUUUAGAAGAAGAAUUAGAAGAGGCUGAUAAAAAUUUAAAAGAAACAACUGAAAAAUUAAGAGAAACCGAUAUUAAAGCAGAACAAUUGGAAAGAAAAGUUGCUUCUUUAGAAUCUGAAAAGGAAGAUUGGGAAAAGAAAUUUGAAGAUUUAACUCAACAAUAUAAUCAAGCUAAAGCUGAAUUGGAUGAAAUUAGUCAACAAUUGGAAGCUAUUUAA